UGGUCGGUCAUUAGUGUAGCAGGUAACGCGUCAUUUUUUGCGCAUCAUGAGUUCAUCACGCAUAUAUUUGUGUAUGUAGCUACUAGACGUCGAUGAAACACGCGAGAUGGUUGUCAACUUCUUUAAAAAGUUUUGUCGUGUCGUCCUACCUCUGUAUUCGCACAAAUACUUGUCAACAAACGCACUUGUCCGACGAACGCCUUCACUUGGAAAGCGUUUAACCGGACUUUCGCGAAGCAGCACAUCUGCGAAUCACAGGAAACUGGUUAGAAACGGCGAGGAGAAGAAAUCGGUGAUCUGGAUAGAGGGAAAUAUUGCUAGCGGAAAGACAACAUGUCUGGAAUACUUCAGCAAAACCAGUGACAUCGAGGUGCUAACAGAGCCUGUGUCUAAAUGGAGAAAUGUACAAGGAUGCAAUCCGUUGGGAUUGAUGUACCAGGACCCUUCCAGAUGGGGACUCACUCUUCAGACGUAUGUCCAGCUGACGAUGCUGGAUCGCCAUGUCUCACCAAUGACAGCACCGAUCAGAAUGGUGGAAAGAUCUCUUUACAGCGCAAAGUACAUUUUUGUGGAAAAUCUUUAUAAAAGUGGAAAGAUGCCCGAGGUGGACUUCGCUGUUUUAAGUGAAUGGUUUGAGUGGAUCAUAAAAAAUAUUGCCAUUCCCGUGGACCUUAUUGUUUACCUGCAGACCUCUCCGCAGACCUGUUACGAGAGACUAAAGCAGAGGUGCAGAGAGGAAGAGAAGGUUAUUCCACUGGAAUACCUAGAAUCAAUCCAUAACCUCUAUGAGGACUGGCUCAUUCAUCACAAGUCCUUUGAGGUUCCUGCUCCGGUUCUGGUAAUCCCAGCAGAUCAUGAUCUUAAGAAGAUGCUGCAUCAUUAUGAGGAGAACAGGGAGAAGAUACUAACGGCACACUGCUGAGUAAAUGAUCAGAGACAACCGUGAUCAUAUCAAGCCAUAAAUAUAUCAGCUCUCAAAAGACGGAUGAAGCGAAGCUGGGUUUACAAACAUUCCUCCUGCAGUUGAUUUACAAAGUAGGAUUUGUAAAUGAGUUCAGAUGAUAGAAAUUUUAUUUAAAUGCUAACUUAUGAUUACUAUUUUGCAUUUGCAGUCGUUGUCUCUUGUUAAGUAUUAAAACACAGUGUUUUAUUUUUAGUCUUAUUUAUGGGAUCAAUCCAUAUUAUCUAAAACAUUUUCAUUUUUUUUAAUGUCUAGAUAUUUUAAAUUCAGAAUGACAAUUCGAUUGUGCAAAUAUACUGUAUGCGAUUUAGUCUUGCAUUUUACAGUGAAGACAUCGUUCUAGGGUCUUAAAGAUUCUGAGUUGUUCCUCCUCCCACUUGCACAGUGUCACUAUCAAAUACAGGCGCUGCGGGUCAGUUUAUGUUACUGUGACCAAUGUAAUUUAUACUGCAUACGGCAUCGUUUUAAAUAAACUGAAAAACGAUCUGAAAA